CGCAUCUCUCCAUCGCUCACAAGAGCAUUUACAACCACACAAACACACACAAGCACCAGGUCGAUCAACAGUACAGAGGCCAGCGGCCGGCCUGUACUUUUACGCCGUAUACCACGAGCGCCUUCACGACUUCCAGAAAACGACUUAGACCACGCUCCUUGACUUCAACCUUCCUCCACACAACACAAUGUACCGCCGCGUCGUAGCCGCUCCGCUGCGCACGCGCGCGCUCGCGAUGGCCCGCCCACGCCCCGGCUUGCUGCUGUCGCAGGCCCACCGGCCUGCGGCCGCCCUCCCCGUGGGACGGGUCACGAUCCCGGCCCGGGCCUUGCACGUUCGCGCGAUCUCGUUCGGUGCGAUCCCACGUAUGAUGGCCCGCGCCUUUAGGGUCCCGAUGUACGGCGCGGCUGUCGGCGCCGGCGGCGUCGGGUACGCCAACUACAAGUUUGAAAGCGUGCGGACCAAGACGGCAGAGCUGUUCGGCGAGCUCCAGGACACAGUGUCCUCAGCGUACAACACGACCGCUGGGACGCUCGGCGCAGCGUAUGAUGCCACAUCAAGUACCCUGUCCUCGGCGCUGGAUACGACGUCGAGCACGCUGUCAUCGCUCGGCAAGUCGGCCUCGGACGGCAUCAACGGCGCUGCGGCAGAAGCACAGUCACGAGCAGAUGCCCUCCGCCAGGGCACCCAGGAGUGGUGGGAGGCCUUCACGACACAGUUUGUUCGGAACGAGCAGUCGGGCAGCAAGAGCAGCGGUGGGGAGGACGGCCACUCGGGUGGCAGGCAAGAAGAGCCGCAGAACAACGGCGGUGGUGGAGAGGAGGCUGCGGCCGUCGCCGUUGCUGCUGCUGUUGGAGCCAAGCUUGACGACGAGCGAGGAGCGUCCGACCCCUUCAGCGAUGGCAGCGGGCCGGAGCACCAGCUCCUUCAGCUUACCCGCAAGCUCAUCGAAAUCCGCACCGUCUUGCUCAGUAUCGACCAGAGCGACGCACUCAAGCUGCCCUCUAUUGUGGUGAUCGGAUCGCAGAGCUCGGGAAAGAGCAGUGUGCUUGAGGCUAUUGUCGGACACGAGUUCUUGCCAAAGGGCGACAACAUGGUCACUCGCCGGCCCAUUGAGCUCACCCUCAUCCACACCCCGGUCAACAAGGCGUCCAAUCAGCCCGCCGAGUACGGUGUCUUCCCCGACAUGCCUCACCUUGGCAAGGUGACCAACUUCUCGCAGAUCCAAAAGACAUUGACCGACCUCAACCUCUCUGUCCCUGCCGAACUCUGCGUCACCGACGAGCCUAUCCACCUCCAGAUCCACUCGCCCAAUGUCCCCGAUCUCACACUCAUCGACCUGCCCGGCUACGUGCAGAUCGCAUCGAUGGACCAGCCCGAGAACCUUCGUGAGAGCAUCGCCAACCUCUGUGAGAAGUACAUUCGCGAGCCGAACAUUAUUCUCGCGGUAUGUGCCGCAGACGUCGAUCUCGCCAACUCGCCUGCGCUGCGAGCAAGCCGCCGUGUUGACCCGCUCGGUAACCGCACGAUCGGUGUCGUGACCAAGAUGGACCUCGUGACGCCUCAGCAGGGCGCCCAGAUUAUCCGCGGAGAAAAGUACCCUCUUCAUCUCGGCUACGUCGGCGUGGUCUGCAAGGUUCCUCCCAAGGCCGGUGGCGUGUUCAGCUCGAUCAGAGGUGACUCGAACACCACCAUCACUAGCCAGGUUAUGAAACGCGAGGAGGAGUUCUUUGGCGGAGAGAAUGCUCGGGUGUUCGCUGCGCGCGACCGAAGGGGCAACCGUCUCCUCACUGGUACCGACACUCUCCGCCGCCGCCUCAUGGACGUGCUUGAGACAAGCAUGGCAUCCAACCUGCAUGGCAUCACCAAUGCCGUGCAGCUUGAGCUGGAAGAGGCCAGCUACCAGUUCAAGGUUCAGUACAACGACCGCCGCAUCACGUCCGAGUCGUACGUCGCCGAGACCACAGACGCCCUCAAGGCGCGCUUCAAGGAUUACACGGCUCAGUUCACCAAGCCGGCUGUCCGUUCCAAGCUCACCAACCUGCUUGAGGACAAGGUCAUGGACAUCUUGGAACAGCUCUACUGGACCGACUCCCGUGCCGCCGAGCUCACGACACUAGGCGAGGAUCGCAAGCUGGCAACCGAAGAAGACCUCGACUCAUAUUGGCGUUACAAACUUGAGACGGCAUCAUCGCUACUUACCAAGUCUGGUGUAGGCCGUGAUUCGACGAAUAUGGUCGCGGAUGGAUUGCGCGGUCUGAUAGACUCGAUCGCUCAAGGCGAACCCUUCACAUUCCACCCUGAGGCUACCGAGCGCAUUGUCGACUUCUCGCAUGCCAUCUUGCGGCAGCGCAUGGGCCUCACUGCAGACCAGGUUGAGAACAGUAUCAAGCCGUUCAAAUACGAGGUCGAAAUCGAGGACCGGGAAUGGGCUCGCGGGCGUGACCGCGCCGAUGCCAAGUUCAACGACGAGGUCAAGCUCUGUGACGCUAAGCUCGGCGAGAUCCGCAACCGUGUCGGUGGCAGCCGGCGGUUGAACGGCCUCAUCAAGCAUGUGUCUGAUCUGGAGAAGUGGGAGGAGAAACGCAAGGCCAAGCCUGCACCUACCGAGGGCGAGGAUACGACGACCGACGACCCCGCACCCGUGCUCGACGCAUACAAGUAUUCGCCCGCCCAGAUUAUCGACGGUCGCCACGCAUUGCUCCUUUCCAACCGCCUCGCCCUGCUCAAGAUGCGCCAGCAGGCCAUCCGAUCAAAACGUUGCCGUACUGGGCCCGAGCAGGCGGCGUUCUGCCCCGAAGUGUUCCUCUCGGUCGUCGCCGAGAAGCUUGCAUACACGAGUACAAUGUUCAUCAACAUUGAGCUUCUCGAGCAGUUCUUCUACCAGUUCCCUCGUGAGAUCGACUCGCGAAUUCUGUACGACCUCGACCGGGACGAGAUCAAGAAGUUUGCGCUCGAGAACCCCAGAAUCCGCGCGCAUCUGGAGCUGCAGGACAGAAAGGACAAGCUCGAGCAGGUGAUGCGUUCGUUACAGUCUCUGGCCAACCUACAGCAGGUGGCCGACGUGCCGAGCCGUGACCGGCGGCGCAAGGACGGCCUGUUUGCAAAGUUCAUGUAAGGGGACGCAGGCACAUUGUGUCUGCACAUUGAGCGGGGUGGGCGGGGUGAGCGGGGGUUCCAGGCCAUGGCCAGGGGGCCUUGGAGCGUCGUCGAUGGAGGAGAGACGCGUGCGAGGUGUGCGCGUGGUGAGCGCGUGCAUGCCCGCGUGCAUUGGCCAAAGCUUGUCUUGAAGUGACAAUUAGGCUUGCACGUGGCAGCGUGUCGAGACUAAGGCGAUUAGUCCAAGCGACGCGUCGCGCUUUCACACAAUGGUGAAACGGGCGGGGGGGGGAGCAAAAUCACGGCACACGACUCAAGUAGAUUGCUUAAAUCAUAUACUCGUUGAUGUAUUCUAUUCCACUCAGG